CAAUGAUGAGAUAAAAGAAGAGCACAUAAAGAAAAAAACCUAUAUCGCACAUGUCAGGCCUUCUCUCUCUCAUCACUCUGUCAAGAAAAUAAACGGAGCGGAGACAGAAGAGUUGCCUCCACGUUUGUCCAGCGAGCCAAGAAUCACGCUCCUUCGCUUUCACCGCAUUCCUUUCUGUCUCCCCUCCCCCACAUUCUUCACUACCUUUCCUUUCUUCUUCUUCUUUUGCUCAAAACUUAUGCUUCUCGAUUCGUCCUCCACUCAUAUCGCUUUUAGCUUCAUCAGGAUGCUUUUGGGUUUAGUUUUUGUUCGAACAUCUAGGGCUGUACCACUGCUCUGAAUUACCAUUCUAGCCUCAUCUGGGAUCACAAUUCUGGUUCAAAGCUAGGGCAGAAGAUCAUUUUAGAUUUGAUUUUUUUUUGAGCAGGUUGACUUGAAAGUAGAUCAAAAGAAUGAAUCGAUAAGAGAAGAAAGUCAAUUGCUCUUUUGAUUCGUAUUGGGAGUGUGUGAUAAUGAGUUUGGUUCCUCCUUUGCCGAUUUUAACUCCCCCCUCCUCAAACUCUUCAACCACCGCACCUCCUCCGUCAUCCUCUCCUCCCACCACUCCCUCAGUUCCACCUCCUGUCACUCCACCUCCUUCCCCACCUCAAUCACCUCCGCCUCUCCCAUCCUCAUCACCACCACCACCACCUGUUAUUUCAUCGCCUCCGCCGUCUUCUUCUCCUCCACCACCAACAGUCGUCUCCUCUCCUCCUCCCGCCGUAACAUCUUCUCCUCCUCCACCUCCUGUGGUGGUUGCUUCUCCUCCUCCCUCAACACCAGCGGUAACACCACCACCAGCUCCUCCGCAAGAUUCCUCUCCUCCUCCGCCUCCUGAAUCUUCUCCUUCACCUCCUCCGCCGCCAUCAAUAACAACCUCCCCUCCUCCGCCGCCAUCAGAUACGCGGUCUCCACCACCACCGCCGUCAGACAAACCAUCCCCUCCUCCUCCUCCUCCAGGAUCCACAACCUCAACUCCUCCUCCGGCUUCACAUCCCACAGAUCCUGCUGCUUUAGCUCCUCCUCCAACUCCACUACCUCUUGUUCCACGUGAGAAACCAACUCCACCUGCUUCCACCAAUGCCAAUCCAAACAACCCUCCCUCCUCAUCCCCCAGUAGUGGUCUCGGCACUGGAGGUAUUGCAGCUAUUGGAGUCAUCGUUGGAUUACUUCUCCUCAGCCUCCUGUUCUUCGCUUUAUGGUUUACUCGUAAACGUAAGCGAAAGGACCCUGUUGGUUACACUAUGCCCCCUUCCGGUUAUUCCUCUCCUCAAGGCUCAGAUGUAGUGCUCUUCAACACGAAUGCUUCUUCAGCUCCCAAUAAGAUGAGAAGCCACUCUAAUAACGACUACAUGUACGCCUCCUCCGAUUCAGGGAUGGUUAACAGCAAUCAAAGAUCUUGGUUUUCGUACGAUGAGUUAGCUCAAGUUACUAACGGCUUCUCCCAAAAGAAUCUUCUCGGUGAAGGAGGUUUUGGCUGUGUCUACAAAGGCGUUCUCGCUGACGGAAGGGAAGUUGCGGUCAAACAGUUGAAGAUCGGUGGAAGCCAAGGAGAAAGAGAGUUCAAAGCUGAAGUUGAAAUCAUUUCUCGUGUUCAUCACCGACAUUUGGUUACCUUAGUUGGUUAUUGCAUCUCGGAGCAGCAUAGGUUGCUUGUUUAUGAUUAUGUUCCUAACAACACUCUCCAUUACCAUCUCCAUGCUCCAGGGAGACCAGUUAUGACUUGGGAAACUCGGGUUAAGGUUGCUGCUGGUGCAGCUCGUGGAAUUGCCUACUUACAUGAAGAUUGUCAUCCUCGGAUUAUUCACCGUGACAUUAAAUCUUCAAACAUACUCUUAGACAACAGCUUUGAAGCCUUGGUUGCGGAUUUCGGGCUAGCUAAAAUAGCGCAGGAACUGGAUUUAAACACACACGUCUCGACCCGUGUAAUGGGAACCUUCGGGUACAUGGCUCCUGAGUAUGCAACAAGUGGGAAGCUGUCUGAAAAAGCAGAUGUUUAUUCGUAUGGUGUGAUACUCUUGGAGCUUAUUACUGGUCGGAAACCUGUGGAUACGUCUCAGCCACUUGGUGACGAAAGCCUUGUUGAAUGGGCAAGGCCAUUGUUGAGUCAAGCAAUCGAAAAUGAAGAGUUUGAGGAGCUAGUUGAUCCGAGGCUAGGGGACAAUUUCAUCCCCGGGGAGAUGUUCCGAAUGGUAGAAGCUGCGGCUGCAUGCGUGCGCCACUCAGCUGCAAGAAGGCCAAAGAUGAGCCAAGUGGUUAGAGCACUGGACACGCUUGAAGAAGCUUCGGAUAUUACAAACGGAAUGAGACCAGGACAGAGCCAAGUGUAUGACUCGAGACAACAGUCUGCUCAGAUAAGGAUGUUUCAGAGAAUGGCGUUUGGGAGUCAAGAUUAUAGUUCUGACUUCUUUGAUCGGUCACAGUCACAUAGUAGCUGGGGAAGUCGUGAGACUCGUGACCAGUCCAAAUUUGUACCUUAGCAGUAUUUUUUUUUUUUCGAUUAAAACGUUGUACCUUGGUAGUUUUUUUUUUUUUUGAAAAAGUUGUACCUUGGUAGUUAAUACUGGUUUUUUUGCUACUUUCUUCUUUCCAUUAAAACACCUUUUGUAUAUUGUUUUGCAUGAUUUUAAAGUUUACAUAUAAA